UGGGUCCAGAAAAAAAAAAUAAAAUAUCACGCAAGGAGAAAAGUCAAAGCUGUUAAGGAGAAAAGUCCUGCCAAGGAGAAAAGUCCAGCCAAAAGAAAAAAGUCCGAGCGUGCAACAGCUCGCGCGGUGUGGGGACUGGUCCCGCUCUUUUUCGUGAGAAGUGGCAUCGGAGAAAGUCACCGUGACAAAUUUCGCCCCUAGCGUUCAAACUUUCUGUAGCGUGUCCCAACCUCCGCACUUGUUAGUCGGGAUGAUUAUGUUGGGGGCGCACGAAGUAGGGCAGUUUUUGCGCCCCCGCACCAGUGCAAGGGUUUCCAACCAGGUAUGAAAGUAAUGGCGCACGGGUGCGCGUUUCGUCGAUUUCUUGCGACGAUACUUUUCAGGCCGCAGGAUGUUUGGAUCUAUUUUCACCAAGAAUCUGCGCGAUUCAUCGGCCCCCUUCUCAAUUCCGAGAAGGGGGCGGAUGGCGGAUUCUGGCUGACGUUGCUCCCGGUCCCGCAUCCCGAAGUCAAGGGGCUGGCUAUCGGAAGCUUUGCUCGGAAUGAAGAUAGGCCUGGUGGUGGGUUUUGCGUUGUGUUUGGUUUUGCGCUUUUGCACCGACGCGGGCGGCGAUGCCUCGUUGAAGUAAGAAAGGCGCAAACCCAGACCCGGCGCCCGCAAAAAGCGGAAGCCAGGGAGGGCCGCGAAAAAAAUCUCCGCGCGCGCUGCGCGCGCGGAGAGAAGUUCUUGCAGCCGAGCCGCAGGCCGUGCGGGCUUCGAAAUGAGCGAAGGGGGUUCGGCAAACUCAACUCCCCGAAUUUGCCACGCGCGCAGCGCCUUCCUUGUGGGGCAACUUCUUCUCCGUGCGGCGCACGCGCGGCCCGGCCCCUCCCAUUCAUAUGGAACGCCUAAAAUUUUUCUCGCGCGCUGCGCGCGCUGGCUGCCCGUCCCCUCUUUGUUUCUCUUGGCCCGUUUUUUGCUCACGCGGGGGCCUCCUUGCUGCAGGGGACGACAAAAAAGUUGUCGCGCGCAACGCACACAGCCUUGGGCUUCCUUCUUUGGGGGGCAAGCCCGUGCAGAAUCCGCUUUGCGCAAGCGGCCUUUGAUGUCCGUGCUUGUGUGGUUGGAGGGCGCCUGGUAUUUUUUCCGCGUACCAGGCACGCAGCCUAGCCUCGUCGCCUUGGGGGGGGGAGGGUCUGAAAGAUCUCUUUCGCACACCGUGCACGCGGAAGCGCACCGAGCUGGCGCAAUUUCCCCGGUGCGUCUAUUUUCUCUGCGUGUGGGGGGAGCCUGCUCUGAUUUGCUGCUAGCCCGGCGGAGAUGGGGCAGCAUGGCGUGCGCGCGGUGGUGCUGA